CAAAAUGUUUCCCCUGAGGUGUCGGUCUCGCAGCGACGUGUUUACUGACAAAGCCGCCCCUUUAACCGCGGGACUCGCAUUCACCUUUCCCUACUCCCCUGAGACAUUCUGCACUGCCCUGAAACUGUUCCAGUCACCUCGUUUCAAAUGAAGAGCUGCAACGAAAGAAAGGCGUCACAUGUUUUAACACGUCCGUGCUCGAUGACUCCACGCAGUGAAGCCUCGUGCGAGCUGCCCGAAUUUAUCCUCCACCUCCACCUCGCUGGUAGCGGUUCUGAGAGCAGCAACCUGGAGCGUGUCAAGUCUUUUUUCUAAGGAUUUGAACUGGAUCGAUUUCUUCGGUCGGCAACUGACGAGCAAAAACCAGGCGCGGUGUAUCGACUUUCACUGGAUAUAAAACGCGACGGAACGAGGACAUACGGAAAGCAAGGAGAAGGGGAGUGCGUUAUUCCUUAUUUCUGAGCUCCAUUCUAAAUAAACGAUGUGCAAUUGUUUCGAUGCAACAGUAUAGUCUCGGCAGGUUUCAGUCGGGAAUGUGCGCACGAGUAAAUGUUCUUGAAAUUAAUUUGAACAACACCUGGAAUUUCUCCUGUGCCGCAAAUGACAACAUUUCUGACAGGUGUUUUUAUUUCUUAUUAAUGGAAAACAUAAACCCGUUGAAAAAGAUCCGCUGGGAUUUAUUUGUAAUUGGAAAGACGGACAAAAAUGAAACGCACAAUUUUCAUCACAUCCCUCCAGUGGAAGGUUUAAAGUGAGACAACUCUGUAACGGUGUUUUAACUUUAACAUUUCGCGCUUUUAAAACAAGAAAAAUCUUCGGAUACAUAUUUGUUUUAUAAAAGUUUUUUUUUUUCCAUCGUGAACCCUGUUGAAUUCAUUCUUGUCGUUGAAAGCACGUCAAUGUGGAACGUCUUGACGGAAAGCACAAUUUCUACACAACGGAUAAAUGGAACUCUCUCCUGCUCAGGCUAUAAUUGGACUUAAAUGUUUUAAGGGUUUAUUGCAGGUUAAAGCGCACCCCAUUGACAGGUGCGCACUUCCUUAACGGAGAGGGCGGCGAGGCGGUUGAGCAUUUGAGGAAUGCAGACACAGGAAUUCACGUAGUCUACUCAGCCUUACCUGCGGUGCUCUGUCUACACCGCUCUGAAACGGAAUAUUGAAGAAAACAAGAAGAGGAAUGUUGAGGCAGAUAAUACUGAACUCCACCGCUGCCUCUGGGCUUGAACUGAUGACCCAGACACAUACACCAUCGCUAAAUAUCUCUCAUGGGCCCGUGAGCGCGGCCGCCCUACUGAGGCCAACGGGCAGGGGACUGCGUGAAGGAGAGCUCAGUAAACCGGAUUUGGUCACAUACAUAGUCAUUUUCCUCUUGUUGUUUUUGUUGGUGCUAAUAAUCGUGUUUUACAUUAACUGUCAGCUUAAGAACUCCUUCUUCGCGUCAAUGCCAUAUGAUAGGUCCUUGCGAGAGGCGAGAAGCUCCUACAAGUGAAUUGAGUUCGGACAAUGGCGUCUAAACAAACGCUAGUCAAUGGCCGAGCUUCCAAAUCUGUGGAAUGUGUUUAUUUUGUAUAAGGUGCAGUACAAUAUAUGCAGUAUUUUCUGAGAUGAACUUAAUGUUAUUGUGAUUGUACAUAAAUCAUUUGAAAAGCUAUUAUAG